AAAAUCGUUUAUUACCAGACCUUCCUUCUCUCAGACAAGGCAUCGUGUCUUUUUUUUUUUCCUUUUAGGUUUCUUCGUCCCUCCUCUUCAUCAGAAAUCAAACCCAUCACGUUGAGGUCGGAGCCGCCACCGCCGCCGCCGCCGAGGAAAUUAGGAAAAUUUAGAUCGGGGCGAAUUGGCGUGUAUUGCCACGGGAGAUCUCAGAUUUAGCAUCUAAUAUGGAUUCGAUGUGAAUUUGAAGAUGACGGAAUCUAUGUGGUCACACGAUCAACCUUCUCCUCAGCCCUCACCAAAACCAGUGGCUCGCCAAAGGUCUAGGAGCAUCUUCAGGUUACUGGUUCAGAGAGAGAUUUCACCUAAAACAAAGUCUGUGCCACGGAAACGAUGGGGAGUUAGCCGCCGAUGUGUUACUGCUGCUGAUUCACCCUGUGGAACCAGUAGGGAACCUGUGAGCGAGCAGAGACAUAAUCUUAUUUCAUGGGUUGAGGCAGAGUCAUUGCAGCAUUUGUCUGCUACCUACUGUCCUCUUAUGCCUCCUCCGAGGUCAACUAUUGCAGCCGCUUUUAGUUCUGAUGGAAGAACUCUUGCUUCUACGCAUGGUGACCACACUGUUAAGAUUAUUGACUGUGAGACUGGAAAAUGCUUAAAAGUUCUGAGCGGCCACCGGAGGACACCAUGGGUGGUCAGAUUCCACCCACGCCACUCAGAAAUAGUUGCUAGUGGAAGUUUAGAUCAUGAGGUGCGCUUGUGGAAUGCAAAAACUUCAGAUUGUAUUAGAUCUCAUGAUUUCUAUCGACCUAUUGCUUCUAUAGCUUUCCACGCUGAAGGUGAUAUACUUGCUGUUGCAUCUGGUCAUAAGUUGCACAUAUGGCAUUACGAUAAGACAGGGGAGGACUCAACACCAGCAAUUGUUUUGAAGACGAGGCGCUCCCUGAGAGCUGUACACUUUCAUCCACAUGGGGUUCCUCUUCUCUUGACUGCAGAGGUGACUGACAUUGAUUCACCAGAUUCCGCAAUGACUAGAGCAACAUCUCCAGGCUAUUUGCGAUAUCCACCUCCUGCUAUUUUCUUCACCAACACGCAGAGUGGCAGUCAUACUAGUAUGGCAGCGGAACUGCCACUUGUGCCGUUACCGUACUUGCUUUUGCCUUCAUAUUCUCCUGAUGAUCCAAGAAUCCAACAUUCCACUGCUACUACUGGUCCAAGGAGUGCUCCAUCAAGGUUUCAGAGUAAUCAAAGUUCAGUAGAACACGGCAGCAGCAGAACAAUGUCUACUCCUCCACCUCCUCCUCUUCCCUUGGCUAUGUCCGGCGAUCUUGCUGGAUCCCCUCAUGUCCCAGAAAACUCCCUAGCUAGAGCUAGAGCUUCGACCACAGCUGUUGAUGCUAUGGAUAUAGACGAAGCUCAACCUGUUGGAGGAAAUAGAAUUCCCAGGCAAGUGUCAAGUCAGUCAGAUUUACUUGAUUUUGGACAAUUUCAGCAAUUAUUUCACUCCAGAGACAGAGUUUCGUGGGAGUUACCUUUUCUACAAGGGUGGUUGAUGGCUCAAAGCCAGGCUGGUGUUCUUCCUACUGGUGGUAGUGGCACAGCUCCUCCUCAUGCAGGUUCUUCUUCAGCAUCUCAUUCAUCCACAGCCAGUCUAGAGGCUGCAGUGGCGUCAUUAGAAAUUCCUGGUGGUGUUAACUUAUAUGGAGUUUCUGCAAGCGGCCACACCAGGGACCGAACCCGCUUCGCAGGAUCUGGUUUAGCAGGAGGUCUUCCCUCUCGUAACGCUCAACAGGAAGGAACUGAAGCUCAACCUGUGGUGAACAGACUCCCGUCUGAACUGGCUACUUCCAUUGCUGCUGCAGAGUUGCCUUGUACUGUCAAACUUAGAGUGUGGUCACAUGACAUCAAAGACCCAUGUGCAAUACUAAGGUCCGACAAGUGCCGAUUAGCAAUACAUCACGCUGUUCUUUGCAGUGAAAUGGGAGCUCAUUUUUCUCCAUGUGGGAAAUAUUUAGCGGCCUGUGUAGCAUGUGUUAUUCCUCAUGCUGAGGCAGAUCCUGGUUUGCAGACUCUGGUCCAACAAGAUUCAGGCCUUGCAACUUCCCCUACUCGGCAUCCUGUCACAGCACAUCAAGUCAUGUAUGAACUUCGUGUGUAUUCUCUCGAAAAGGAAACGUAAGUGUUAUUAAUUACAUUUCUCAACUUUUGAA